AUUCGGAUAAACCGUGGAUGGACCCUUUCUCUGCCCACACGACGUCUUACGGGUACUUACGGGGUCCAUCAUCCAUCAUCCUGCAUCCAACAUCCUGUCCCUCAUCCAUCAUGUCAGGCCAACGACGUCAACAACGCCACACGCAGAACCCACAGACUACAGAGAAUACAAAGAAAGAACAAAACACAGCGCACACGAACGGCGCCGGCGAACGUCGUACCUGGCUUGAUUGUUCUACUGUGAAUCUACUACUACUGCUGCUGCUGCUGCUGCUACUAAUUACUCCUCACAUCAUUCAUAUAUAUCCACCUCCUCUCACUAUCGCCACCAAGACGGCCAGUCAGUCCAGUCAAUCCCGAGCACCGACGCUGAUCUCGCCAGCCAUACACACUGCUUGCAACACGCCCCACCUUCCUACCUACUACCUACUAAUACCUACUACCUACUACCUACAUCACCUCAUCCCUCAUCCCCCAACCAACCAACCAACCACCACCCUCCCCUCCUCUUUUCCUUUAUUCUUUUCUUUCCCUCUCUUUCAUCCAUCAACACAUUCCACGCCGUCGCGGCUGCUGAUCCGCCGUUACUUACUUACUUACUCACUCUCUCACUCACUCACUUGCAUGUACAUCAGUUGCAGUACGCAGAUCUAGUUCUGCACAGCAUGCAUUCUGUGCGUGUGAACGAGUGCGUGCGAACGUAGUCGAAGAUAGACAGUCUAAUCAGCGUUGCCCAUAUCGCUAUCACGGGACGGCUACCGUGCCUACCGCAACCGUACCUGCUGAGGUCAGGCAGGUGGAUAAGGAAGGUACCUAGUAGUACCUGAUUACUCGACGUCAUUUCCUCCUCGGGCUCUCUGUCCGUCUUCGGCACGUGAUGUGAUGUAAUGAUGUAAUGUGAUGUGAGAUCUGGAUGGCAACGUACAGUGCGGGCACGUGUCUUGUCUUGUCUUGUCAGUACUCCAUAGUUUAUGCCAAAUCCAGUAAUGUAUGGGAUGAUGUGGCUGUGAUGUGCGUAUGCAGUGGCUGGUACAGUCUAUGAAGAAGUCACAUCGUAGCAAG